UUGGGUGGGUGGGUUAGCAAGAUGAAUCCUUCAAUGAUAAACUCUACAAACUCUGUUUCAACGUCUUCUAGAAGAAAGAGAGAGGCAGAGCGUUCUGUCAACUGGUCUGUGGAGGAGACCCAGGCCCUGCUGUGCGCAUGGAGCGACGAGAGAGUGCAGAAGUCUCUCUCCGAGAACCUGCGCAACAAGCAUGUGUUCAAGCACCUCGCGGCCCGCAUGAGCGCCCUGGGCUUCUCGCGGAGCCCUCACCAGUGCCGGCUGCGGGUGAAGACGCUAAAAGCCAACUAUGUGAGAGCCAAGCUGCUGAGGAGCGUGGACGGGAGCCAGCCGUGCACCUUCAGGUAUUACGCUGAAAUGGACGCGGUUCUCGGGAAAGCUCCGCCCACAGGCCCCGGGAUCCCCGUGAUAUCGGAGGUGAAGUCGGAGGACGACCGCGAGUCCACGGAUGAGUUCGAGUUUGGCAACACCAACUUCUCUCAGCCGCUGCCCAUUGAGGGUCCCGGCAUGUUUCUGGAGCCGCCCAUUGCAUCAGUCCCUGCAGCCAUACCUGUGGAAGAGGACAUGAGCUCCAAAGCGCAGACCCCGUCACCUCCACCGCCGCCCCCGCCACCGUGUCCUCCCUCUCCCUCACCCCUGGAGCACGAGGGGCCCCACUCCCUGGAGCCGGCCAUCCGCUACCUGGCCGACUGCUUCCAGCGGCUGGUGUCGGAGUCGCGGCAGCUGAUGGCGCAGCUGGAGAACCAGCGGCACGAGCAGGCCCGCUGGCAGCAGGAGCUGCUGGGGAGGUGGCUGGAGCAGGAGGACCGGAGGCAGCGGGAGGCGGCGGAGCGGGAGGCCCGGCGGGAGAGGGCCCGCAUGGACCACGAGCUCCGCGUGCUGCAGCUGCUGACCAGCCUGCAGAGGCCCCCGCCCUGCCAGUGCACCCAGCGCGGCCUCGGCCUGAGGGACCGCGGCAAGCAGGAGUCCGGGCAGGGACCGGCAGAGUGAAGAGGCCUGCGCCCUGCGGAAGCCUGCGCCCUGCGGAGGCCUGCCCCGUCUACAGGAGCUGCACUCUCAAAUUGUACAGCAGACUUGCAGCUUUGC